CACCUCACAUUCAUCAAACUCUUAUCUUUUCUGAUAAUUUCCAUGAAUGACUUGUUUUUAGUUUCCAUUUCUCUUAUUUGUUGUGAUGAAACUUAGAGCAGCCAUGGCCUCUGAAAUAGAACAACUAUCUAGGAUAUUCCUAUAUGUCAAUCUCUUCUCUCUCUCGGCUUCAUAUUCGAUGGCUGAGCCAAUUCCGGCUGUUUGGCCAGAGCAGUUUCAUGCCUUAAUGUUCAUGAACAAGAGCGGAGUCCUGCAAAAAGUGGACUUAUGGUACGACUGGCCUAACGGUCGAAACUUCAACAUCAUCCAAAAUCAACUCAAUGAUGUCGUCGUUUACGACCUCGAAUGGACCAACGGUACCUCCUUCAUCUACACUCUCCAUCCCUCAGACCGCCAUUGCAAGGUUGUCCACUUUCCUGUCGGUAUUCUCUGUCCUAAUUUUCUUGACGACGCUACGUAUUUAGGUCAAGAACAUGUUGAUAAUUUCCUUUGUAAUGUUUGGACGAAAGUUGAUUUCAUUGUGUACUAUGAAGAUGUUCUCACUCGUAGACCUGUUAAGUGGUUCUUCUACUCAGAUGGAGGAUAUACUGCUCAUGUGAUGACAUUUGAGGUUGGAGCAGUGCUUGAGGAUCCGCAUUGGCAGGCUCCUAUAUACUGCUUCAAUCAGACUGAGAUAAUAAUAAUAGAAUCCACUACUGUUCAUGAGGAUUUUGGGAGUUUGAUGAGAGGCGAAGUUGAUGCUGCUGCUGCAUAAGCUUAAGUGUUUGUAAUUAUGAAAAUGGUUCAUGAUGUAUAUGCCUAUUCUAUUUCUGUUUUGGUGAUAGGUAGUGAUUGUUUAGUCUUCUUGGGAUGCAUGAACCAUUGUUUUCUAAAUAAAUGGUUUAUCGGGUAGAAAUGCACAAGUAGAUUAUCUUCAUUUUUAUAAACUAUAUUUUGGGAAUCGAUCUUUGCUUGUAGAAA